AUGACCGCGGAACAAAGUCUGCAACUGGUGCAACGCCUCUUCGAAGAUGUCGAGGCCAGUUCCAGCUGGAGAGCAGAGGACGUGUUGUACUUUCUGCGUGAAGACUUGGACGGUGUCAGCGCCACCACGGCCACCACGGCCACCGGCACGGCCACCUCGCUGAGGGCGGCGCUGCACGACCAGGUCAUACAAACCUUGGAUGCGCCAGACCCGAAUGGUGAUUUUGGCAAAAUCGUUUGUGUCUUACGCUGGCUGGGUGCACCACUUGUCCCACACCUGGUUGCUUGGCUUCGCGACUUCGCGGCGCUCCUGGCCCGAUGA